ACAGAAGGCAUUCUCACCAUCUCACCCCAGCUCUCUUGACCCAGAGCAGUGCUUGGCUUUUUCAGGAAACAAACGGGAUGAAAGUCCAGGGCUGGGACUUCCUCCUCGGGGUGUUUGACAAGGACUGACGUACUCUAGGCCCUUUGAAUCCCGGAAGUCCCGGACACACCCAACCUUGAUUGCAGCAUUCCGAAUGCUGGAGAGUAGGUAAAACGACAGAAGCAGAAAACAUUUCAACAUGAGGGACCCACUGACAGAUUGUUCGUAUAACAAAGUAUACAAGAACCUAAAGGAGUUUUCUCAAAAUGGAGAGAAUUUCUGCAAGCAGGUCACAUCCGUUCUUCAGCAAAGGGCAAACUUGGAAAUUACCUAUGCCAAAGGACUUCAGAAACUGGCGAACAAGCUGAGCAAAGCAUUACAGAGCACAAAGAAAAAACUGUACCGGGAAAAUGACACCGACCUUUGUGCCCCCCCUGUUUUUGCCUCCAGCUGUCUCGUCAGUGCCUGGGCCUGGGUCUCGGAGGGCAUGAAAUCUGCAGCGGACCUGCAUCAAAAACUUGGCAAAGCAAUUGAGUUGGAAGCAAUAAAACCAACUCAUCAAGUCCUGAGUGUACAUGAGAAGAAGAGAAAAUCACUUGAUAACGAAGUUGAAAAGACAGCAAAUCUUGUCCUUAGCAACUGGACUCAACAAAUUAAGGCCAAGAAGAAAUUAAUGGUGAGUACCAAGAAGCAUGAAGCACUUUUCCAUCUUGUAGAAAGCUCCAAGCAAACUGUAACGGAAAAGGAGAAGCAGAAGCUCCUCAAUAAACUGAAAAAAUCGACUGAGAGGUUGACAAAAGAAGAUGAAAAUUACUACGAAAAAAACAUGGCCGGCUGUUCUACCAGACUGAAAUGGGAGAACACACUAGAAAACUGCUACCAGAGCAUCCUGGAACUGGAGAAGGAAAGAAUUCAACUUUUGUGCAAUAACUUAAACCAGUACAGCCAACAUAUUUCUGUUUUUGGCCAAACCCUGACCACGUACCACACACAGAUUCACUGUGCCAUCAGCAAGAUAGAUGUUGAAAAAGAUAUCCAGGCUCUCGUGGAAGAAACUGCAGUCUCAUCUACAGAAAAUAAAUCUGAGUUCCUGUUAACUGAUUACUUUGAGGAAGAGCCUAACAAUGCAAUGAGUAAAGAGCGACAAGAGUCUUCUAUAAAAUCGAAACUGUUAAGACUGCAGAGAGAUAUUGAAAAAGCCUCGAGAGACCAGGAAGGCCUGGGACGGAUGCUGAGAGCAUACUCGAGUGACUCCUCCUUCUCAGAUGCGGACAGUCAGAGAUCAACAGCGGCCUUAAUGGACGAGACAAAUUUGAAACUAGACCUUUUGCAAGCAAACUCCUAUAAACUGUCAUCAGUGUUAGCAGAACUUGAGAAAAGACCUCAACCCAGCCAUCCCUGUAGUAACUCCAUCUUCAAGUGGAAAGAAAAGCAGCAGACACAUAGUUAUGUAAAAAUAUCUCGGCCUUUUCUGAUGAAGAGAUUAGGGAAUGUCGUGAGCAGGGCGUCUUCUGAAGGGCAGAGAAUUCCAAGUUCUUCAUCUACAGCCUCCGGUGCAGCCCAGCUCGGCAAUGGUCUCUGCAAGGCCUUAUAUUCUUUUCAAGCCAGGCAGGAUGAUGAAUUGAAUUUGGAAAAAGGUGACAUUGUGACUAUAUACAAGAAAAAAGAAGAAGGAUGGUGGUUUGGAUCUUUAAACGGAAAAAAAGGCCAUUUUCCUGCUGCUUAUGUGGAGGAGCUCCCUUCAAAUGCUGGUAACGCGGCUUCUCAGGCAUGAAACAGGCUUCUGAAAGCACCACCUUACACCCUCUGUAAACCAUACAAUGUGCAAAUAAAGAUGAAUGCUGCGGUCUCUGCAA